AUGUGCCGGGGGGGGGGUGCCUCGUGCACCGACGGACCGGGCGGGUGGGGGAGGAGGCCGCCCGGACCGACGCGCCCCGCGGGCUCAGUGGCGGCGCUGCUGCGGGGGGCGGGGCGGCGGCGGGAGCGCUACUAUGUCUCGGCGGGGCCCGCGCAUGCGCCGCCCGCUGGCGGGGCGGGGCCUGGAGCCGGGGCCGGGCGCAGCGGGGCCUGGAGCUCGCGCGGGGCGCCGGGAGCCGCGCGGGGAGGAUGGUGCCGGCGGGAGACGCUCUGCCCCCCCCCCCCCGCCGCCGCCGCGCGAGCGCAGGCCGGGCACCGAGCCGCGGCUCUGACCGAGGCCCGCCCGCCCGCCCGGGGAGGAGCAAACCUCGCCGGCCCAGUCGCCCUGCUGCACCCCAGUUCGCCGCCGCCGCUGGCCAGGCUCGUGUGCCCCCCGCCGGCUGCGGGGAAGGGCGGUGGGGGAAUCCCCCGGCCUCUGCUCCCUCCCGGCGGCUCCUGCUUUGCAGCCAGCUGUGCCGGGGUUACUGGAGUUCAGACGCGGCUGAGCUCAGCGGGGCCCGAGGGGAGGAUGCGGGGGGCUCUGCAGCAGCACCAGAGAUUAAUGGGACAUCUCGCACUGCAGCCAGGGGCGAACAGGAAAUAG